AUGGAGGAGGAGGAGGCUCUGAGGAACAGGAAGAUGCCCCAGGAUAACCAGGCAGACAAGGAGCUGAGGACAGAGACCAUGGAGGACAAAUCCCCACGGCAGAACCUCGAGGAAGAGGUCAUUUGGAGCGGCUCCACGUCGCAGGAAUCCAGCGGGGAGGAAGAGCCGCGGAGAUCCCGCACGAGGAGGGGCUGCAAACGCAGAUCACGGGGAUCUGAGGAGGAAAGACCCAGCCUGGGCCGGGCAGGGGGUCGGAGAUGGAGCCGGAGCUCGGACCUGGUGGUUCAUGAGCAGCUUCAUGAUGGAGCGAAGCUCCACAAGUGCUUGGAGUGUGGGAUGAGCUUCACAUGGAGGAGCAGCUUUAUCUGUCACAAGAGAAUCCACACAGGGGAACGACCCUACAAGUGUGGGGAUUGUGGGAAGGGCUUCAGACGCCGUUCCGACCUGAUUCGUCACCAAAGCAUCCACACUGGGGAGAGGCCCUACAAAUGUGGGGAUUGUGGGAAGGACUUCAGGCAACGUUCCAGCCUAAUCUGUCACCAAAGGAUCCACACUGGGGAGAAGCCCUACGAGUGCUCAGAGUGUGGGAAGAGGUUUCCCGUCAACUCCCAGCUCAUGCAGCACUACCAGACGCACACGGAUGAGAGACCCUACGAGUGUCCUGACUGUGGGAAGGGCUUCAGGAAAAACUCCACACUCAUGAGACACCGGCGCAUCCACACUGGGGAGAGGCCCUACGAGUGUCUCGAGUGUGGGAAAGGCUUCAGCGACAGCUGCAGGCUGAUGUACCACCGGAGGAUCCACACUGGGGAACGGCCCUACAAGUGUGAGGAGUGUGGGACGAGUUUCCGGCUGAGCAGCCAAUUGAUCCGCCACCAGAAGAUCCACACUGGGGAGAGGCCCUGCAUAUGUGGGGAUUGUGGGAAGGGCUUUAGGGAACGUUCCAAGCUGGUCCAGCACCAAAGGAUCCACACUGGGGAGAGGCCCUACAACUGUGGGGAUUGUGGGAAGGACUUCAGGACAAUCUGUACUCUCAUCAAGCACCAGCGCAUCCACACUGGGGAGACGCCCUACAAGUGUGAGGAGUGUGGGAAGAGUUUCUGGCUGAGCAGCGACCUGAUCCGUCACCAAUUUAUCCACACAGGGGAGAUGCCCUACGAGUGCUCAGAGUGUGGGAAGAAGUUUCCCGUCAACUCCCAGCUCAUGCAGCACUACCAGACACACACGGAUGAGAGACCCUACGAGUGUCCUGACUGCGGGAAGGGCUUCAGGGAUAACUCCAAGCUUGUUAUUCACCGGCGCAUCCACACCGGGGAGAAGCCCUAUGAGUGUGAGGUGUGUGGGAAGAGCUUCAGCAACAGCUCCUCACUGAUCCUCCACUGGAGGAUCCACACUGGGGAACGGCCCUACAAGUGUGAGGAGUGUGGGAAGAGUUUCCGGCAGAGCACUGAAUUGAUCCGCCACCAAAAGGUCCACACUGGGGAAAGGCCCUACAAGUGUGGGGAUUGUGGGAAGGACUUCAGGCACCGUUCCAACCUAAUCCGUCACCAAAGUAUCCACACUGGAGAGAAGCCCUACGAGUGCUCAGAGUGUGGGAAGAGGUUUUACUGCAGCUCCCAGCUCAUGCAGCACUACCAGACACACACGGAUGAGAGACCCUACGAGUGUCCUGAUUGCGGGAAGGUCUUCAGGAAAAACUCCAACCUCAUCAUCCACCGGCGCAUCCACACCGGGGAGAGGCCCUAUGUGUGUACUGAAUGUGGGAAAAGCUUCUCCUGCAGAUCAGCGUUGACCAUACACCAACGGAGGCACCAGUAA